AUGGAUUAUCUUGAGCAGGAAAAUCGGGUACUUCGUGAAGAAAUGACAGCCAUGCAGACUAGGAUGGACGAGAUGGCUGAAUUAAUAAAAACAAUGGCGGAAGCUCAGACUCAAGCUCAAGCACAGAUUCAAACACAAGCGCAAGCAUUGGCACAAGCGCAAACUCAAGCUCAGGCCAUAACAGAAGCGCAGGCCCGAUCACAAGCACCUCCACCUCCUCCUGUCAGAACUCAGGCCGAGGCAUCUUCUUCUUGGACACUAUGUGCUGACACUCCAACGCAGUCCGCUCCGCAACGUUCCACGCCUUGGUUUCCACCUUUCACUGCUGGGGAGAUAUUUUGUCCUAUCACUUGUGAAGCACAGAUGCCCACUCACCAGUACACGGCUCAAGUACCCCUACCUGCCAUGAGGGUCACUCCAGCCACCAUGACCUACUCAGCACCUGUGAUACAUACAAUUCCGCAAACCGAAGGGCCUAUCUUUCAUUCAGGGAAUGCAGAGGCUUACGAGGAAGUAAGCGAUCUACGAGAAAAGUAUGACGAACUACGCCGAGACAUGAAAGCCCUCCGUGAAAAAGGGAAAUUUGGGAAGACUGCGUACGAUCUCUGUUUGGUACCGAGUGUGCAGGUGCCUCACAAAUUCAAGAUCCCAGAUUUCGAGAAAUACAAAGGAAGUUCUUGCCCUGAGGAACAUCUAAAAAUGUAUGUGAGAAGGAUGCCUGCGUAUGCCCAAGAUGAUCAGAUUCUUAUUUACUACUUCCAAGAAAGCUUGACCGGCCCUGCUUCAAAAUGGUACACAAACCUAGACAAAACAAGGGUUCAAACUUUCCGUGACCUUUGUGAAGCUUUUGUGGAACAGUACAGUUACAAUGUAGACAUGACUCCGGACCGAAGUGAUCUCCAAGCCAUGACUCAGGGAGAUAAAGAGACGUUCAAAGAGUACGCCCAACGGUGGAGAGACACCGCUGCCCAAGUCAGCCCACGAAUUGAGGAGAAAGAGAUGACCAAGCUCUUCCUAAAAACUCUGAAUCAUUUUUAUUACAAAAAGAUGGUCGGGAGUACACCAAAGAGCUUCGCGGAGAUGGUUGGUAUGGGAGUACAGUUAGAAGAAGGAGUCCGAGAAGGACGCUUAGUAAAGAAUACAACUCCUGCCAGUGGGACCAAGAAGACCGGGAAUCAUUUCCCGAGGAAGAAAGAGCAAGAAGUCGGUAUGGUGACUCAUGGAAGGCCUCAACAAACUUAUCCAGCCUAUCAACACAUUGCCGCCAUCACACCCACCUCUCACCCUUUUCAACAAACAAAUAACCAUCCUCAAAUACCGCAAUAUCCUCAAAUACCGCAAUAUCCUCAAAUACCACAAUAUCCUCAAUUCCCACAAAAUCCUUCACCACAAAAUACUCAACAACCAUACCAACAACAACCAUACCAACAAUUCCCAUACCAACAACACCCUCAACAAAAUUUCCAACAACAACCUUAUCAACAACGCCCACAACAACCUCGACCACCAAGAAUGCCGAUUAACCCAAUACCAGUCACCUAUGCAGAAUUACUUCCCGGCUUACUCAAGAAAAACCUUGUCCAAACUAGAACAGCUCCUCCUAUCCCAGAAAAACUACCAUCUUGGUAUAGACUUGACCAGACUUGUGACUUCCAUGAAGGGGGCCGUGGCCAUAACAUUGAAACUUGUUAUGCCUUUAAAAGCACAGUGCAGAGGUUGAUCAAUGAUGGAAAAAUAACUUUCACAGACUCGGCGCCAAAUGUUCAAACAAACCCAUUGCCGAAUCAUGGUGCCGCAACAGUCAACAUGAUCGAAGAUUGUCAAAAGACUCGUCCCAUUCAGAAUGUUCAACAUAUCAGAACACCCUUGGUUCCGUUACAUGCCAAGUUAUGCAAAGUCGACCUUUUUGAGCAUGAUCAUGAUCUCUGUGAAAUAUGCCUUAUGAACUCCGGAGGAUGUCAGAAAGUAAGAAAUGAUAUUCAAGGGCUUCUAGACCGAGGAGAGCUUGUGGUCGAAAGGAAGUGUGAUGAUGUGUGUGUAAUAACUCCCGAAGGACCUUUGGAGGUAUUUUAUGACAGUCGAAAGGCAACUAUCACCCCUCUGGUGAUCUGCUUACCGGGUCCACUGCCAUAUGCUUCUGAAAAAGCCAUUCCAUACAAAUACAAUGUCACCAUGAUUGAAGAGGGUCGUGAGGUUCCAAUACCGCCUUUGUCUAGUGUGGAUAAUAUUGUUGAAGACAGUAGAGUUCUGAGAAAUGGGCGCGUUGUUCCCAUAGUGUUCCCAAAGAAGAUUGAUGCUACAAUAAACAAGGAGGUUCGGACUAAAGAUGCUGGUAUCGCCAAAGAAGUGGAUCAACCCAAUGGGGCUGGUACAAGUGCAGAGUUUGAUGAGAUUCUCAAGUUAAUAAAGAAGAGCGAGUACAAGGUUGUUGACCAACUGAUGCAGACUCCAUCCAAAAUAUCCAUAAUGUCUUUAUUACUAAAUUCUGAGGCCCAUAAAGAUGCAUUAAUGAAGGUCUUAGAACAAGCUUUUGUGGAUUAUGAUGUAACGGUGGGUCAGUUUGGCGGAAUAGUAGGGAACAUCACCGCAUGCAACAACUUGAGUUUCAGUGAUGAAGAGCUCCCAGCAGAAGGAAGGAACCACAAUCGGGCGCUGCAUAUAUCUGUGAACUGUAAAACCGAUGCUUUGUCAAAUGUACUGGUGGAUACUGGAUCAUCUUUGAAUGUGUUGUCCAAAACAACUUAUACCCAACUCGCUUACCAAGGCGCACCUUUAAGACGAAGUGGGGUAAUGGUGAAAGCUUUUGAUGGCUCGAGGAAGGAUGUCCUUGGUGAGGUGGUUCUACCUAUCACAGUUGGGCCACAAGUUUUCCAAGUUAAUUUUCAAGUCAUGGACAUUCAAGCUUCGUAUAGUUGCUUACUAGGUCGACCCUGGAUUCACGAGGCAGGGGCUGUCACAUCCACGCUGCAUCAAAAGCUGAAGUUUGUAAAGAAUGGGAAGCUAGUAACUGUAAACGGUGAAGAGGCUUUAUUGGUGAGUCAUUUGUCAUCUUUCUCUUUCAUUGGGGCAGACGAUGUCGAAGGGACACCUUUUCAAGGGUUUACUAUAGAAGAUAAGAAUACCAAGAAGAAUGAAGCCUCUAUCUCGUCUCUGAAAGAUGCUCAGAAGGUCAUACAAGCAGGAGGGUCCACAAGCUGGGGAAAGCUGAUAGAGCUUCCAGAAAACAAGCACCGAGAAGGAUUGGGUUUCUUCCCAUCUACUGGUUUGUCCACAGCGAAGAAGGGCACUUUCCACAGUUCGGGCUUUAUCCAUGCGAUCAUUGAAGAUGGUCCUGAAAGCGUGCCACGAGGUUUUAUAACGCCAGGAGUAUCCAGCCACAAUUGGGUUGCUGUAGAUGUUCCUUUUGUUGCUCACUUGUCCAAAUUAGAAAUCAACGAACCCGUUGAACAACAUAAUCCUAUGAUCGCUCCCAACUUUGAGUUCCCUGUCUAUGAGGCGGAGGAAGAAGAGAAUGAAGAGAUCCCUGACGAAAUCUCUCGACUACUCGAACAAGAGAGGAAGACCAUUCAGCCUUAUGAGGACGAACUAGAAGUGAUUAAUUUGGGCACCAAAGAAGACAAGAAAGAAAUCAAGGUUGGGGCAUCGCUCGAAACAAGUGUUAAAAAGCAAGUGAUAGAGCUCCUCAAAGAAUAUGUUGAUGUGUUUGCCUGGUCCUACCAAGAUAUGCCAGGUCUAGACACUGAUAUUGUGGUACAUCACCUACCUUUGAAACCUGAAUGUCCGCCAGUCAAACAAAAGUUGAGAAGAACACGUCCUGACAUGGCUCUCAAAAUCAAAGAAGAGGUACAGAAACAGAUCGACGCUGGUUUCCUCAUCACAUCAAAUUACCCCCAAUGGUUAGCUAACAUAGUGCCUGUUCCAAAGAAAGAUGGUAAGGUCAGAAUGUGUGUUGACUACCGUGAUUUAAACAAAGCUAGCCCAAAAGACGACUUUCCUUUACCUCAUAUUGACGUGUUGGUUGACAGUACUGCCAAGUCUAAAGUCUUCUCAUUCAUGGAUGGAUUCUCCGGUUAUAAUCAAAUCAAGAUGGCACCCGAAGAUAGAGAGAAAACAUCAUUUAUUACACCUUGGGGCACUUUUUGCUACAAAGUAAUGCCGUUCGGUUUAAUCAAUGCAGGAGCUACUUAUCAGAGGGGUAUGACUACUCUUUUCCACGAUAUGAUACAUAAAGAGAUUGAGGUCUAUGUGGAUGAUAUGAUAGUCAAGUCGAUUACUGAAGAAGACCAUGUCAAGUAUCUACAGAAGAUGUUCCAGCGCCUGAGGAAGUACAAACUUCGUCUAAAUCCCAACAAAUGCACUUUUGGUGUCAGAUCCGGAAAGCUUCUAGGUUUCAUUGUCAGCCAGAAAGGCAUCGAAGUAGACCCUGACAAAGUCAAAGCCAUCAGAGAGAUGCCUGCUCCGAGAACAGAAAAAGAAGUAAGGGGUUUUCUUGGACGACUAAAUUACAUCUCCCGGUUCAUUUCUCAUAUGACUGCAACUUGUGGGCCGAUAUUCAAACUACUCCGCAAAGAACAAGGUAUUGUGUGGACCGAAGAUUGCCAGAAGGCUUUUGACAGCAUAAAGAAGUACUUGCUAGAACCACCGAUUCUCAUCCCUCCAGUUGAAGGAAGACCUUUGAUCAUGUACCUAACAGUGUUAGAAAAUUCCAUGGGUUGUGUGCUCGGACAACAAGAUGAAACCGGAAGAAAAGAGCACGCCAUUUAUUAUUUAAGCAAGAAGUUUACUGAAUGUGAAUCUCGCUACUCCAUGCUCGAGAAGACGUGUUGUGCUCUAGCCUGGGCUGCCAAACGCCUCCGUCAUUAUAUGAUUAAUCACACUACGUGGCUGGUAUCUAAAAUGGAUCCAAUCAAGUACAUAUUUGAGAAGCCCGCUUUGACAGGAAGGAUUGCACGGUGGCAGAUGCUACUAUCUGAAUAUGAUAUCGAGUACCGUUCCCAGAAGGCAAUUAAAGGCAGUAUUCUUGCUGAUCACUUAGCUCACCAACCACUUGAAGACUAUCGACCUAUCAAGUUUGACUUUCCUGAUGAAGAGAUUAUGUAUCUAAAGAUGAAAGAUUGUGACGAGCCACUAUUCGGAGAAGGACCUGAUCCAGAUUCAGUGUGGGGUUUAAUAUUUGAUGGGGCUGUCAAUGUAUACCAACGGCAUAGGGGCAGUACUCCUUACUCCUAA